GUAAAUAACGACCAUCCCGUUGGUUUUAGUUAACAUGCGGGAGUAUAUGCCUUAGGUAACCUAAAAAGACAGGCCCCCAAGCACGGAGUUACGCCAAUUCACAUACAUCUAAUCUCCGCAUGAAGAACCCAACCAACCACGUUUCCUCACCUUUCCUAGACCCUCCUUAAGCAACCCCCAAACAUCAACCCCCAAUUCAAUUAACCCCAUCACGCCAAAACAAGUUCUCAAUCGCCAAACCCCUCCAAGUUUCAAAAUGCGUUUCUCAGUUUUCUCCACCCUCCUCGUCUCCCUCGCCUCCCUCUCCACCGCCGCCGAACUCGGCAUCGAAAAGACCCACGAGGUAGAAUGCACCCGCAAAACCGUCAAGGGCGACACCGUCCAGAUGCACUACAAAGGCACGCUCCAGUCCGAUGGCUCCGAGUUCGACUCUAGCUACAAGCGCAACUCGCCGUUGAAGUUCAAGGUGGGCUCGGGUAUGGUUAUUAAGGGAUGGGACGAGGGUCUUUUGGAUAUGUGUAUUGGUGAGAAGCGUACUUUGACUAUUCCCCCUGAGUAUGGGUAUGGGUCUCGUGGGAUUGGGCCAAUUCCUGGCGGUGCGACCCUCAUUUUUGAGACGGAGUUGGUGGGUAUUGAUGGUGUUUCGAAGGAUGAGCUGUAAAUUAAGCCCUGGUUUUAGACUUUUUCUUAAGACUUUUAUCUUUGAUAUGGGUUCUCUUUUUUACCACAGUAUCGUUUGGUACUGGUACUGGUACUGGGGAGUCGGGGAACAACGCCUUUGAAAUUGA